AUGGAUGGAGUGGACAUCUCGAAUCCACAGAUGGAAGAGAUGUGUGCGAACGGCAUCGGGGGUGCAGAAGAAGCGCCGUCGUCCUCAACGUCGACAACGGAGCGGAAGAACCGGCCCAUCAUUAGUGGCGAACAGCUAGAUAUUGAGGCUUAUGCUGGGCUUUACUCCGGCCGUACCAAGAUCACGCGGCUCAUAUUCAUUGCCGAUCACUGCGAUAAUACGGCGAUGCAAAUGGAAGCCUUAAGGAUGGCUUACGAUGAGAUCAAAAAGGGGGAGAACACUCGGCCAUUCCGUGAAGUGGUCCAGAAGAUAGAUGGUCGAUUGGGUGCUGACUAUUGUAUGGAUGCCGCGUGGUGCGCUACGGUUGAUCGGAAAGCCGAGCAAAGGAAAGAUAAGCUCGAAAGUGAACUCAAUGCCUAUAGGACGAAUUUAAUCAAAGAAAGUAUUAGAAUGGGAUACAAUGAUUUUGGAGAUUUUUACUAUGCUCACGGUGCACUGGGGGAUGCUUUUAAAAGCUAUGUUCGAACUCGCGAUUACUGUACUACGUCAAAACAUAUUAUUCAGAUGUGCUUGAGUGCAAUUCUUGUGAGCAUUGAGAUGGGUCAAUUUACUCAUGUGACAAGCUACGUCAGUAAGGCUGAGCAAACACCCGAAGCACUUGACCCUCCCACUACAGCUAAGCUACACUGUGCUGCCGGAUUGGCACAUUUGGAGGCUAAGAAGUACAAGCUUGCUGCUCGUAAGUUCUUGGAGGUGGGUCCUGAAUUGGGGAAUUCAUACAGUGAAGUGAUUGCUCCUCAAGAUGUUGCUACUUAUGGUGGACUUUGUGCCCUUGCAAGCUUUGAUCGAACUGAACUGAAGAACAAAGUUAUUGACAAUAUUAACUUCCGGAAUUUCUUGGAGUUGGUACCUGAAGUAAGGGAGCUUAUUAAUGAUUUUUAUUCAAGCCAUUAUGCUUCCUGCUUGGAAUAUCUUGGAAACCUCAAAUCCAACCUGAUGUUUGACAUCCAUAUACACAACCAUUUUGAGACCCUGUAUGAUCAAAUCAGGAGCAAAGCCCUCAUCCAGUAUACGCACCCAUUUGUGUCUGUUGAUUUGCGAAUGAUGGCUGAUGCCUUUAAAACAAGUGUUGCAGGUCUUGAGAAAGAACUUGAAUCCUUGAUUGCUGACAACCAGAUACAGGCUCGGAUUGACUCGCACAACAAAAUUCUUUAUGCACGUCAUGCGGAUCAAAGAAAUGCAACAUUCCAGCGGGUUUUGCAGACUGGUAAUGAAUUUGAUUUGGAUGUGAGGGCAAUGCUGCUGAGAGCAAAUCUUCUGAAGCAUGAAUACAAUCUUAGGGCUUCUAGGAAAAUCUGAUUUCUGUGACUGAAUCAUUACCAAGAUUUUCUUGAUAUGGUUCUUUAUAUUGCUGGGCCUGGAUUCUUGGUGUGCAAGGCGCUAUCGUAAGAAGACCCUUGAGAUGGAGAUUGAUGACAAUACAUGAUGAUGGUGGAUUUGACAUGGUUUUGGGGUACACUGUUCUGUAUAUACUCAAAAUUUCUCUCAUAAGAUGGAAAUAUUUGUUUUCCUU